AUGCUUUCUCUAGCACGCUUGUUCCUCCCUCUAGGCCUUGUUGCCUUUGUUUCUGCACAAGACCAGACCCUCUCUGCCUGCGCCCCGUCACAAACACUCACCACCUUUAGCUGGUUCAACUCGUCCCACAACUUAGACUGCCUCAACCGCAACUUCCCCUCCGACGCAGUCUGGUGCUACAACGUGACAGAUACCAACCACUACGUCCGCUGUGUAGGCCCCGACGCUCGCCACCUCCACUACGGCACACCCCCAGGCCCAGGUGAAUGCGCGGCCUGCUACCCACUAUGUGGUGGACCGCCUUUACUCGACCAGACGGCGCCGUUGGGUUUCGGACCACCUGACAGGCUCACCUCGAACUUGUGCUCGUACCAGAGUCCGCCUGCGAAUUUUCUCCAUUCCACAGACAUUGGGAACGGGGCAUUGUUUUGUGGUGCUGGGUCGUAUCCGCCAGUGCAGUUCUAUGGGGAUUCCAACCAGGAUGAAGGGGCUAAGGGGACGUACCGUUGGGCGCCGGUGGUCCAGUGUGCGGGCGAGAAUGGGGAUGCUGUGUAUCCUGUCUACCAGGCUGAGUUUCCGCUGCAUUGUACGAGGGAUGCGGGAAAUAACGUGACUUGUACCACCGACCUUCCUGUCAUGUUGCCACUGGUAGGAUCCUGGAGUUAG